AUGCUGCUCUCCAACAUCACAGACUCUCUAACAGGGGGACUGCGUCUCUCGGUGGACUUCGACAGCGCCGCUGAUUACCUGAUUUUUCUUUUUCAACUUGUGUUCGCUACAGCCGCCGUCCUCGUGGCCGGACCGGUGGUCGUCACCAUUUCCGCCACCAGGGCGCUGCGCGUCCAGAACCGGUUCAUUUUCAUGCUGAACACCAGCAUUUGCGACACGCUGGUCGGGUUCUCGGUCUACUAUCUCGGGCUGUUUGAUGUUCAGGAGGGGUACCCGUCUAGACGCGGAACUUACAAUAUGUUACCUUCUCUCCUUGGGGUGAACAUAAUGACAUUUUUAUUCGCCCAGUUCGACCGGUAUUUCGCCGUGUGCCACCCGUUCCUCUACACGCGCUUCGUCACCCGGCGCGUGGUCAUCUCUGCAAACGCCUACUGUUGGCUUCACGUCUAUGCUCAGUCGAUCGUGGCAAAUUUCUUGCCCCUUCCCAAGGCAAUACAGCUGUAUGUUUUCAGCAUGGUCAGCCUGCAAGUCAUCGUGCUCACCAAAGUGGUCAUGACGGUCAAGCUGUACUUUAUAGCCCGGUUCCAGCUGGAAAGAGACCCUCCCAGCGCCGAGAGAGAAAGCAACAAGGAAUCGUUAAGGAUCAUCAUUUUCGUGGUCAUAAGCUUCCUGGUGUUGUGGUGCCCCUCUUUCGUAAAUAUCGUGCUCAGACUGGUGAUGGGAAGGGGGCUGACGUUUAGGAACGAGGCCACCAAUCUUUUCGCCAUCAUGGCUCGCUUGAACGCCGUGUGCACACCGUCUGUGUACAUCUGGGGGAGUCCGGCUCUGCGGGAGGCCAUGGCGAGGACAGUGUGGGGCAGAGCGUGCCCGAGGUGCUGCAGGAGGUCAGAGGUUAAAUGUACCUAA